CACUCGCGCGGGGAGUGGCGCCUUGCGGCGGGGCCUCGGUGUUUCCGUUUUCUUUUUUUUUUCCUGAAACCGGAGGCGCCGCCUUUUCCGUCUCCCCCUGGCGUCAUAUAAAAGGAGGCCGGAGAGAAAUGCCGCACACUGGAUAAACAAAUGCUCGCAAGCAAUGAGCACCACCAUGCGCCAACUCGUUCCUGGCAUUGUACUAGCCAUCAUCUGCAGUUGCGUUAGCGCUGGCAACAUCCAUGGAGGGCUGCCUGAUGUGCCCCAGGGAUUGGAUGGAAUGGGAGGAAUGGGCAUGCCGUUUGGAGCCAUGGGAGGAGCCGCAGGCCCAGGUCCAAUGGGAGAGAUGGGACCACACGGUGGUGCCUAUGACGGCGCAGUCCCAGGUGGCCCACCGGGCGACAUCCCUCCUGGUGUUCUCGACAAAGGAGGCUACGGGGAGCCCGAACCUGGACCCGCCGGCGGCUACGGCGGCUUCGAUGCACCAGGCGGACCUGGUGGACCAGGCCAGGGUCUAGGUCCUGAUGUUGGUAUGGAACAAAGUGGCCCUGGGCAUGCUGGGCCUGGUGGCAUCGGCGGGCUCGACGGCGCGGCCAGCCACGAAGGGCCCAUUGGUUUUGGAGGCCUUGGUGGCCACGGUGGCUUGGGCUUCCUUGGUGGCUUGGGCGGCGCUGGUGGUUUCAAUGGCCUUGGUGGCUUAGGCGGCUAUCGUGGUAAUAUCGGCCAAGGUGGUGCAAUUGGUGGACAUGGUGGACCCGGUGGUGAACAUGGCGGAUUCGCUGGUCACGGUCAGCUUGGACAGGGUGGAUAUGGCGGAAAUGGUUUACAUGGGCUUGAAGGUAUGGGUGGAAUGGGUGGCUUUGGCAACAUUGAAAAACAAGGCAUGUCAUUUGGAGCCGGAGGAACCUCAGGAGGUUUGGAUGGAUAUGGUGGGAGAAAUGAGGUGAACGGACUCGACUUCAGAGGUGGUGGAAAUGGUGGUCCCGCUGGUGGAGACGGUGGCUAUGGCAGUAUUGACACUAAAGGCGGUGUGACAGGUGGACAGCGUGAUGGAGGUCAAGGAGGUGCAUACGAUGGCCAAGAAUACAAAGCAGGAGGAGGCAGUGGCUACGGUGGAAAUGUCGGUCUUGCUAACGGAGGCGGCGUGCUCGGCGGCGGUUACGGAGGCGAUCCACUAAAAGCAGCAGGUGGUGGCGGCAAUGGUGGACUUGAUUAUGGUGGUGAGCGCGGAGGUUUAGUAGGAGCGUACGGAGGCCAAGGUGCGAAAGGUGGAGCUAGUGGUUACGAUGGACAAGGUGGAUAUAAUGGUGGAAAUGGAGGAUUCGGACAAGGGUACGGAAGCCAAGCACCAAAGACUGGUGAAAGUGGCAUCUACGGUAGUACUGCCGGAUAUGCUGGUGGAGGUGGAAAUCUUGGGGGCAGCUACGGCGGACCUGGUGGUCAUGCAGGAGCAGGUGGAGGUGGAGCAAGCCUUGGUGGUGGCUAUGGUGGUCCUGGCGGAUACGCGGGAGGAAGUGGAGGAGGCGGAGGAGGCCUUGGCGGCGGCUAUGGUGGUUCUAAUGGAUAUGCCGGGGGAGGAGGCGGAGGUGGAGGUCUUGGUGGUGGCUACGGUGGUCCUAGUGGAUACGGCGGAGGAGGAGGAGGAGCUGCAGGCGGCGGCGGAGGUCUUGGUGGUGGCUACGGUGGCUCUGACGGAUAUGCCGGAGGCAGUGGAGGAGGAGAAGGAGGAGGCGGAUAUGCCAGAGCUGGCGCAUAUGCCAGGGAAGGAGGAGGCGAAGGUCUUGGUGGUGGAUAUGGUGGUCAAGGUGUAGGAGGAGGUGGCGGCGACCGAGGAUCUGCUGUGCUAUCCUACGAAUAUGGAGGACUUGGAGGUGGUUACGUUCCGAGUGCUGGUGCGAAUGGAAAAGGUGUUGCAUUUGGGGGAUCUGGCGGUGGUGGAGGAAGCAAGGGACAGGGGAGUAGUGGCCGAAAAGGCCGAAGCUUUGGCAACUCAGGAAAGAAUGGUGGAAAAGGAGACAAGAAUCAGAACGAACCUAAAGAUGAUGUAAGCGGUGACGUUACUGGGCUAACUGAAGAACAGUUAAAGCUCAGGCAAGCGCAAAUAAUACGCCUAGCCCGAUUUACAGCCUUACAAGCGACUGCGAGGAUGUCUCAGGAACUUGGACGAGGCGUUGUUUUCCUGCCAGCUGUCACAGCAGGCCAAGGACACAUUGGCUCGGGUUCUGUGGGUCUUAGUAGUGCCGGAGGUAUUAUCACGGGACCUGGUCUCACCGGUGUCGGAGAUCUCGGUGCAGGCGCAAGCCUUGGCGCUCCGGGCUUGGGCCUCGGCACCGAGGGAGCUGCUGUGAGUGAAGGUGUCGGCUAUGGUGGUGGAGCAACGGGCGUCGUCGCUGCGGUCCCUGUUCCUGUAUCUGUGGCUGUAGAAAAGGGAGAAUUCGCCAGGGAGGAGACCUUGCAGGACCCGUACCACUAUUACAAGUUUAUGGACAGCAUGCCCACAUCAAAGCAAGUCAACUACCCAGUGUUCAAGCUGCAUCACACCUACGGACCUGACGUAUCGGUCAGCCAUUCGGUGAAUCAUCUCGGCAAUGGUUUUGUGUAUGGCCAUCCCCAGAACAAUGUGCAAGGUUUCGGUGUUGGUGUAGGCAUUAGGAUUCCAGUUUUGGGACUGGGUGUAGAGUACUCAAAAAAGAUCAAGCGGCUUCAUCACUAA